UGACAUGGCGCUGUCCUGUCAGCAGGAUAGUUAUUUGAGAGAGCUGAGCACUAGGGUGAAGUCAUGUGUCCCAGCCCGCUUACAAACAGUUGUAAAUGGAAAGAAACAAAAGUUGGAAGGAUUUGAAGUCGUAUUAGAAGAUACUGUGUUAUUUCCAGAGGGUGGAGGUCAGCCAGAUGACCGAGGGAAGAUAAAUAGUGUGGAUGUCCAUCGCGUAACAAGACGAGGGGCCGAAGCCGUCCAUUUUGUCCAGUCUGACCUUGAGGUCAACUCAGAGGUCAACGUGACUGUGGACUGGACACGGAGGUUUGACCACAUGCAACAACACUCUGCACAGCACUUGGUGACAGCUAUAGCAGAGCAGAAAUAUGGAUACAAAACAACAUCAUGGAAUCUUGGUGAGAAAACAUCGUUUAUAGAAUUAGAUACCACCAGUUUAACAGAGGAACAGCUAAAAGAGUUAGAAGAUGAAGUUAAUGCCAAGAUCAGAGCCUCUCUUCCAAUGUAUCCAAGGCUGUUUGAAAGUGUGGAUGAUCCUAAAAUAGCUGAGGUUCGUACUCGUGGUCUCCCGGAUGAUCAUGUGGGCCCUGUGAGAGUAGUUAUCAUUGAAGGGAUUGAGGCAAAUAUGUGUUGUGGCACACAUGUAGCUAACCUGAGUCAUUUGCAGGCAGUCAAGCUUUUGAGUGUAGAAAAGGGCAAGAAAGGCAAGUGUAACCUGGUUUUUGUGGCUGGAAGCAGGGUGUUGCAGUACUUGGGAAGAUGCUAUCAGACAGAAAAGGCUUUGAAUAGUGUGUUUAAGGGACCACCAGAAGAAUAUGCAGAGCUUGCUGACAAGAUGCAGAAAAAUUUGAAAGCUGCACAGAAGAAUGCCUUAACAUUGUUAAGAGACCUGGCAGUAUUAGAGGCACAGAAGUUUAAGACCAAUCCUGAAAGAGAGAACUUCUUUUCACUACACAGGAAAGAAGGAGACAAUGAAUUCAUGAACAUAAUUGUCAAUGAAAUAAAUGAUGAGAAUGUGGUACUAUUCCUUACUGUAGGAGAUGAGCAGGGUUCUGGAAUGUUCUUGCUGGCUGGGCCAGAAGAUACUGUUGUUACUCUUGGACCAAAGGUUUCUGAUCUGCUAGAGGGCAAAGGCUUUGGCAAAAAAGGGCGGUUUCAAGGAAAAGCCAAUAAGCUCAUAAACAGACCAAAAGUUGAAGAACUUUUACAAGAAUAUUUCAGAUCAAGUGGGGCUGAAAAAUAAACCUUUAAGGUUAUCAUAAUUGUUGUCCAGCUCAUUGAAAGUGUUAAUACCUUAAAAAGGAAUGCUGAAAUUGAUGUCUUCUAAUUCAUUCCUGAGAAGACAGAAAAACAAGUAAAAGCAUGUGAUGGAAUGUUGAGUAUAAAUGCGUUAAAAUUUUAUUACUGUUAUAAUGGUGCACAAAAAUGACUGUUUAUUCAUUGAUUUAUUAUUACUUUAUUUUGUUUUUAUUUAUGUUCAACUUGUUAAAUCUGCAAAGUUCACUUUUAUGACUUUCCAAGUAUCAGUCAGGUGUGCAAAUUUAGGCAGAAUAAAAGCUUAUUGUGUGUUAUGCCUAGAAUUAUUUCAUUUUAUUAAUGUUUAUUUGAUGUGUGAUCCAGUAAAAUACAGAAAAAAGAAAUAUAAACUUAAGUUACAUUUUCUACUACAGAACAAUUUAGAAAAAAUUAUACAUAAAAAUCAAUUGUGUGAUUUUAGGCAGAAUAAAAGCUCAUUCUGUGUGUUAUGCCUGAAAUUAUUUUGUUUUAUUAAAUUUAAUGUUUAUUUGAUGUGUGAUCCAAUUAAGUACAGAAAAAUGAAAAAGAAGCUUAAGUUACUUUUAUUACUACAAAAUAGUUAAGAAAAAAUUAUAUGUAUUGCUUAGAAAACCAUCACUGAAUAUAAACUUUAUACUGUUAUAAUUGCAAGAAAGGAUGAACAGAUAUGACUGUAUAUUCAUUGAUUUAUUAUUAAUUUAUUUUGUUUUUAUUUAUAUUCAGCUUGUUAAAUCUGCAAAAUUCACUUA